GACGGAACUUCAAAGGAAUACAGAGCUCAUCCAAGAGGCAGGAUGAGUCGUCAGCCAGGAUCUUACAUAAGCAGGUAUCAGAAUAUCAAAAUAUUGUUAGAUACAUCAAAAGAAGACAAGGCGAAACGGAAUGAAGGCUACAAACAGCUUAAAGAACUGGAAGACCGAGCCCUCGAAUAUCAGAGAGAGUCCAGGAAUAUGGACAGUCUGAACGUGCCGGAGUCCUAUAAAGCUGAGGCAUGUGAGAAAUUCCAGAUCCUCAGUCAGCUGAUCGUCCAUGGUCACAAUGUGUUUGACCACGCCCUGGACGAAUUUAAAACUCUUAUUCUGCUGUACGCGGCUCAGAGCAAACGUCAUGGCGAGGUUCCCAAGAAGAAGGUUAACAAAAGAGAGAAGAUAGAAGCGGUGCUGAAUCGCGUAAAGGAAGACAACGACACGACCGCCCGCAGGUACAGGUACGCGGAGAGUGACUACAAGGACUUACUGAUCAUUGAAAAGAAAUGGCUUAAAGAAACACAGAGAGACCCACAGGCCAAAGAACUAGACCUUAUGGAUCCUAGAGAUGCCACGAUUGACGAUAGUCGCUACAAGCAUUUGAAAAAUUUCAUACAAGAGGAAGUGAAUGAGAAUCCAGAAAACGCCGACUCCAAGAAGGAACUGGAUGAUCUUCUACUCGCGGAGAGGAAAUAUUUCACACUUCAUCCAGAGGAGGAGAAGGAGGAUGUUUUGAAAGAUGAGAUCAGAACUCCGGAAAUUGUUCGUAGACCACCCAAAGAGAAGAAAGAAAAAGGGGGAGCCCCUCAUCCGCCACACAGGGGAAAAAUUCAUCGGUCACUCUCCCAAGCCAGUCUGACCAGUGAAGACAGCGAGGAUGGAGGCAUGAAACCGGUAGUGGACGAGAAGAAAAUGGCCGUGUCCAUGGAAAGACUAAAAGAAAUGGAACAGCGAGAACAGAUACACCUUGCCAAGAUCGAGGAACUCACCACGAGGUUAAGCAGCUUUGCCAGUAAACAACUUCUAGAAGGAAAUCCCAACAUAGCCGACUUGAGCGAUGCCAACAGACCUACAAAACUCAGUGAAAAAUUUAACAAUGUUUACGACAAUGAAUGGUCAGAUGCUUUUGAAGAGUUGCAAGAAACUGGCAAAACUGAUGAGGAGAUCAUUAAACUGUUAAUGGAAAUCAUUAUUCACGCAGAAAAAUUCACAAAGGAUGUCAAAGAACAGCAGCUCCAACGUUUGAUGGAUAGUAUGAGAUUCUGCAUGGUUCAUGUUCAAUGGACGAUCAAAGAUGAGGAUGUUCGAGUUGUUGACAAAUCCAGGUCUACAAAACACGACCCCCAGAGCUUUGCUUCCAUAACUAAGCAUGCCAAGGAGUUCCAAAAGGCGUCUGCCAAAGCCUCAGUGCCGUCUCUAUGUGUGAUGUUCAAGGAAACAUUUAUCAAAGAGGGUCGUAAACUGGACUACCAAAAACUUGUGCAUGUGGAGCAGUACAUAGACAAAGUAGUGGAGUUUGUGUGGCUGAUGGUGGUACAGGAUCCACCCAUGAGUAUCUGCUGGCAGAAACAGGGGGAACAGAUGGACAAAAAGUCCUACAAGUACUAUGAAAAGAAGGGGGACAUUGUGAACCUGACAGUCUGGCCUGCUGUCUAUCUGUAUGAUAAAGGACCCCUUGUUAGCAAAGGGUUCAUCUGGCCCAAGUGAUUUUAAACAGUCACAACUGAGCUUUUAUCUCGAACACCAAUAUCUCCUAUGCCAGGAAUAUGUCGAAGUGAUUUACCAGUCCCAACCACUUUUUCUUUAUGAUUUUUACCCUCUUUAUCUCGAAUCCUCAGAUAUAUCGAUGUUUAACCUCAGUCCCGUUGAGUUCGAGAUAAUGAGAUGCGACUGUAAUUGCAAAAUUUGCAUAAUGGUUAUAACGCAGAAUACAUAGUCAUUUUCACGUAUUGUCUCCACUCUGAAGUUUACGGAAGCGCAUUUAGGAUCUAUCAUUGAAUUUGAUUUAACAAAUUGUGGAACUCUUUAAAACGAAUUUAAUCUGUCAC